ACAGAAUUUUGCCGAAGCAGACCGCCAUGACAGCUCGGAAAAGAGCUUCAGCGACGGCGACAACAACAGCGGCCGCAGACCCGAGGCCAGCUCAAGUAGACCAUAAAUCCCCGGAAAGCACCUCUUCUGAUCAGCCGAUAGCGCCGCCAAAAUGGGGAGUAAUCGUGAAGCUUUCUCUUUUCUUCUCAAUCCCAUACUUUUACCUCCUCUUCUACCAUUACAACAUCGAACAAGAGUUGAAGAGAUCGAUCCUUAUCAAUGCUGGACUCAGUCUUGCCGGCAUCUUUGUUACUCUCCAGAUGAUACCCGUGGCUUCUAGAUAUGUUCUGAGGCGCAGCUUGUUUGGGGUUUUUAUUCAUUUGGGGAACUGGGUGUAUGUUGGUUUUGCAAUUCCAUUUCGAUUAAUAAACUGGGCAUCAUCUUCUUGGUCUUGGCAAUCGUGUUCCAGUAUUUUAACUUCACAGCAGAUUCAAACUUCUAGGGUAUCUACAAGAAAGUUUCAGAAAAUUGAAAAACUACUGAUGCCUGAUACCAAUUUUGAGUGGCUUGUCGAGUGCAAUGCAGCAUUGGCAUCUAUCUGCUUCAUGAUUUUGCUUGGAUUUGUAGAUGACGUCCUGGAUGUUCCUUGGAGAGUGAAACUAUUACUGCCAUCAUUUGCUACUCUUUUCCUAUUGAAGGCAUAUGCUGGACAUACAACCAUCAUUAUUCCAAAGCCUCUAAUUCCAUAUGUUGGGCUAGAGGUGUUGGAUCUAGAGUUGGAGAUCCGUCUAGUUUCUGCAUCUUUAGUGAUAAUAGGAAGGGAAUUUAUCCACUUCUGUUAUACAACUUCAGAAAUUAUUCUAUACUUGUCUUUUUAAAUGAUCUUUUUAAAUGAUUCUGUUCCUUGAUGUACUUUCUUCUUCCAUUCGUUUUGUAAUUUCAAAUGCUUGCCAGUUUCUUGGUUUCAUUUGCCAGUCUCUAUAUAUGUGAAUGAGAAAUCUUCAGAAACUUCUAAGUUGACUUGUUUG